CUUCGCAACAGCAGCAGCCAUACGGGACCUCGAGAAGAGAGUGGAGUUUGAAGCCAUUUCACGAGCACAGCAGUUGCAGCAGCAGAGGCAUCAUCAAACCCCUUCUGCUCUGCCCGUCCCUCCCCUAGAAGCUUCAAACCCUGCUGCUGCCCCUGCUGGGUGGCCUGUCUCUCUGCGGGUGCCCAUAGUGGCUCUGACAGCCGACGUGGAUCGCGGAGUGGUGCAGAGGUGUGCAGAGGGGGGGUUUGACGGUGUGCUGCAGAAGCCAGUGGAUGCCCACCUGCUCGCCGCCCACCUCUCCCACAUGCACUUCCACCGCUCCCUCCGACGCUAG